AUGGCUCAUGCUGGGGAGAGUCAACACCCCGGGAAUCUGGCUGACUUUGGAAACUCUUCGCGGAAACGGAAGCUGUCUGAAGCUGCUUCGACGUCCACGCCGAAACAACUUACCCUCAACUUUGCAAGCGGGCGGGUGCCUCAAAAGCAGCUGGACAGCCUGAUUGUGAAUUUUGUUGUAGAUUCCCUUCAACCUUUCUCUGUCGUCGAGGCUCCCAGUUUCGUUAAACUUGUGGAUACCUUGGCCCCUGAAAACACGGUACCAACACGGAGAACGCUGAUGGCGAGAAUCGACGAUCGGUACGAAGAGAUGAAGACAGGCCUGCGGAAAGCUUUCGACGAGGUUCCUUACGUCACUGUGACCGCCGACUGCUGGACAUUGUUCCGACGGUGCUAUCUGGCAGCGACAGUUUCUUGGCUCGAGCCGGCUUCCCUGAAGAGGAACUCUGCAGUACUGAUCUGCCAAAGAAUGACGGGCAGCGUCACGCACGACAAGAUUGCAGACCUUCUUCUGGAGGUUUUCAAGGAGUACGGCCUUCAAGGAAAAGUCACCAAGGUUGUGACCGACAAUGGAUCCAAUUUUGUAAAAGCCUUCAGGGUGUUUGGCGAGCCUGUUCAGCCUGACGACCUAGAGCCUUCGGAGCAGGACGAUGAAGGCCUGGAGUUCGUGGAGGUAGCACCCCUGCUUGAAAACGUGGACCAAGGAGAGGCCCGACUCCCCCCUCACCAUAGAUGUGCUGCGCACACCCUAAAUUUGGUGGCUACGACCGACACCGGAGCAGCGGAGCGCAUUAAUAAGGCCCGUAGCAACGCGGUGGAACUCUCUCUACGAUGCGCUAGAGUGCGUGCACAAGUUGGAUGCUGA